AUGGCUCCAAUCAAGAAGAGUCCACACGUCAAGCCAGCUACGCGCAAGCUUACACGGGACGGCAAAAUCAAGGAUUACUUCCGAGUCGUUCCGAAAGAACCUCCUGUCUCUGCUUCGGCUUCUGUUCCUGCACAGCUUUCUGUUUUCGCAAAACCUUUCGUUCCUGCAAAGCCUGCUGUUCACGCAAAGCCUCCUGUUCCUGCAAAGUCCACAAACGUCAGAAUCGAUGAACACCAGGACCGAUCAGAUGUUGGUGCAGCGACGAAGGGGCCGUCGAAACCCAAACACGAAGAGCUGCAUUAUGUUGGGUUCGGGCAGACCGAUCUCGAGCGCAUAGGAAGAGCUAUGCUCGUCGAGUAUCAGAACGAGACUCAGCUCGCUUGGUGGGCCACAGACUUGACCUAUUUCGACCGCUUAUCAGAAACUCUCCUCCUCCAGUAUGAGAAGGAGAUGGUCAAGCUUCUCGAGAAUAGGAGAGCGACGAAAUAUGCCCGGUCUUGGUCCAACCCGGGAUCGACACGUAAAAAGAAACAAGAUGCCGAUGUGGAAACGCGAAUCGAGUUUGAGCGCGAACAAAAGGCUAUCAUCGCCAAGUAUGAGACGAAGAUGAUCCAGCUCAUCGAAAACAAGGAGGCGGUGGAAGAUCUUCUGGGAAGAGAAAUCCACUAUCAAAACGACGUUUUACGAGCUUAUAUCAAUCUGAAAGAGAAGCUGCGUACUCGGAACGAUAACAACGGCAAUGUUGCUCUGCAGGGUCCACAACCGCCGGCCUACAUUCGCGGAGAAUAUACACUUUAUUCUGAUGACAUGUUGCGAGAAGGGAUUGAGCAGAGGCCACACUGGUUCAAAGGGGAUGUCUUGCGCUACUGGCGCACUGGUACCUUACGACUGGGACAACGUUGGGGAGACGGUAUAGGUCCUGGCGCUGAAGUCGAACUGGCCAAAAACGCCCACCGUAUAACUUUUACAUAUACUGCUCCAGAACAUCCGUCGACGCAGUCGCAGUCUUGUGCAGCUUAUUGGCACAGUAAUAAUGUCACAGCAGAGGCUGAAAUUUGGUUCUUGGAUGGCGCACAUCUGUUGUUAGACAUCGCGGAUAUCUCUGGUGAAACAAUCCACCUUCAUGGAAUUCUGGAGAGGGACGAGGAGGAGAUGUCAGAAUGGUGGCCGGGAAUGCCGGAAUGGAAGCCGCAACCUCAUUACAAAACACCGUACAACCCUGUCUUACCCCAAGGCCGGACUCGAUAUCUCGCACCUACUGCGGCCACCGGACAGGACGUCCGCUGUCAAUAA